UCUAGUGGUUUUUAAAAGWAGUUUUUCUUUGGUCGAAGAAAUUUAGUUUUUAUUCUGUUUCGUGAUUUAUUUAAAUAUGUGAGCUGUAGUGUUGAGAGUGGCAGUUUACAGCGCCUCGUUCAGGAGAAAAGAACCCCCCCCACCUCUCAAGGCUUCCCAGAUGCCCACACAGAUCGUUGUUUUUUUCAACUUUGUCUUGGACCAGACAUGGACGGCAAUAAAAAGGUGAAAUUUAACUGGUUGAAGACUGCCCUCAACCCACUGAUGUGUGGUCAGGAGAGAAAUGUUGGGUCAAUCACUCCUCCUUCCUGYAAAACACCUAAAAAGGAACAGCUGAGGAGCACCUUUCCCCUCAGUGACUCCCCAGGAUCGAUGUGCUUUGGAUCUCUGAAUCUGGACACGCCAAAGAGAAAACCAGAGGCACUCUGUCAAAAUGCGCCCUCUGCAGGCAAAGCCAAGUUGAGGAAGCGAGAAAAUUCAGAUACUUUCAAAAUACCUACGGAUACGUCUACGAACACGUCACCUGAGCUGCUGGAAUCCCCAGAGAGUUGGCAAACAUCAACAACUUCAUCUCACUCUUUCAUCAUGAAAAAGAAACAGAGGACCCCUGAGGAGGGGUCAAGGGCUAUCUGCAGGAAGGCGUUAAUCGCAGCCCUUGGCAAGAAGGAAGCAAAUUUGAGCUCAACCAAAAAGUGCAGAAGUCUGUCAGAGAGUAGCUCUGUUCAAACUGCAGGACCCAGUUUACUGUCUCCUGACAGGAAGAUAGUGGAUAGCAGCUACUUUACAAGCAAACUCGACCAGUCUGAGGAUGCUGUUGCUCUCGAGACGGAUCACUGUUCUCCCAUUCAGGUGUGUUUGGACACACGUUCCCAGGAUGACGACCUCGAGUCAAAAACAGAUGCGAGGGACCCUGUCUUUGUGGAGAYCACCUCUGAAGGCAAGUUGUUUCCCCCAGAAAAUCACUUAGAAGAUGGAAACUGUGACUCUUCUGUCCCUCCGCUGGAGAAUAUUCCAGAUUAUUUCUCUAGUUUCUCGACCCAGCAGAACACUGAGCUAUCCCAGAGCUCCCAGGAAGUGGCAACAUCCUCCUCUGAUGCUUUCCUGUGCACUACUGAAGACCCUGAGACGGUCCAGGCAGAGGACAAUAGGAUACAGCUCUCAUCGCCACAGAGGACUGUUUUUAUCUCUUUCAAACAGCCCAACUCUCCAAACACAGACUCUCUUAACUCUUUCACAACUGAGACUUGGAAUGUUCCCUCGUCCGCCAAAGGUAAUUUACUGGACCCCUUUGCUCUGCCGCUGCUGCCCAAUGUAAGCGUAUCAGACCGCUCUUUAAACUCURCGGUGUCACGAAGGCAUAGUGAGGGUGGCUUUUCUACACAUUUCACUUCUCGCUCCUUAAUCUCCGGUUUCAAUCCUGUGAAAAGAUUGUCCCAGGGAGCUGAACCUCUGUGGACCACUUACCCCGCCAGGGACAGUCAGCCCUCAGAGUUCAUUGACACGCACUGCCAUUUAGACAUGCUGUAUGGAAAACUUGGCUUCAGAGGGACGUUUAGCCGCUUCCGACAACUUUACAGGAACAGCUUCAGUCCGGAGUUUCGAGGCUGUAUUACAAAUUUCUGCAACCCUGAUGUCAUGAUGAAGGAAGACCUGUGGGAAGGUUUGCUGGCUGAAGACAUGGUAUGGGGGGCAUUUGGCUGCCACCCUCAUUUUGCCAAGAAUUACUCAAGUGUUCAGGAACACAAUAUACUGACGGCAAUGAGGCACCCAAAAGCUGUGGCAUUUGGUGAAAUGGGACUGGAUUACUCUCAUAAAAACUCCACCAACACUGCACGGCAAAAACAAGUGUUUGAGCGUCAGCUGCGCUUGGCCGUGGCCAUGAAGAAACCUCUGGUGAUCCACUGCAGGGAUGCUGACGAUGACCUGCUGGCCAUCAUGAAGAAGUGUGUUCCCAGAGAAUACAAGAUCCAUAGGCACUGUUUCACCAACAACUACGAAGUGAUCGAGCCUUUCCUGACAGAAUUCCCCAACCUGUACGUGGGCUUCACAGCGCUCAUCACCUACAGCAACGCCACAGAGGCACGGAACGCUGCGCACCAGAUUCCUCUGGACCGCAUCGUCCUGGAAACAGAUGCCCCGUAUUUCCUGCCCAGACAGGUUGGUAAAGACGUCUGCAGGUUUUCACACCCCGGGAUGGGGAUCCAUACUCUGCACGAGCUGAGCUGGCUGAGGGGGGAGGACGAGGCCACGGUCCUGAACACCAUCCGAAACAACACCGCCAAGCUGAACCUAACGAGUGUGGUAAACAAAACGCUGGAGAUUCACCAAGAGCUGAGAAAGAUGCAGAGGAUUCGAUCGUCUCUGAUUCAGCCAGUCUGAAGGAGUCUGAAGUAAAGGCCAUCAUUUCUAAAACAGUGGCAACAGCGUGCUUUCCAGGUGUGUAAAGACGUCUGCAGGUUUUCACACCCUGAGAUGGGGGUGUCCACUCUGCACGAGCUGAGCUGGCUGAAGAGGGAGCUGGUAUUUGAUCCGCAGAGAUGACAGAAAUGCAAAUAAAAAAUGAAAAUAAAUCAGACUGGAGAUUUUGUGACAAAAAUUGCAUCCAUU